AUGAUCGGAGUGGAUGUUUAUCUGUAUCCAGAUGGUUUGAGGGUGGCUACGCCAGAGGAUGUGGAAAGGUGGGAGCAAGAAAGGGAGAUGUAUGACCCAAAUGUGCGUCUCUUUGUAGCACUUUUCUCGUACAACCCUGCAGUGAUGUCUCCAAACCCUGAGACAAUGGAGGAGGAGCUGUCUUUUGAACAAGGACAGAUUAUUAAGGUUUACGGUGAUAAAGAUGCUGAUGGCUUCUACCAAGGGGAAUUGGCUGGUCGCUUUGGUUUUGUACCAAGUAACAUGGUGUCUGAGAUUCCAAUAGAAGACGAAGAGCUCAAACUUCGCCUGUUUGAACAGGGCUUUCUGCCAGAGGAGUCCUCAGGAAACUCUAUAGCACCUAGCGAGUCAUCCAGUUUGCCUGAUGAUGUGGCAGUCCACAGGAUGGUAGCCAUUUUUGAUUAUGACCCCUGGGAGAGUUCCCCCAAUAUGGAUAUUGAGGAUGAGCUUCCUUUCCGAGCAGGAGAUAUAAUCUAUGUUUUUGGAGAUGUGGACAGUGAUGGGUUUUAUUAUGGAGAUCUACAUGGCUAUCGUGGUCUUGUGCCAUCAAAUUUUCUUCAACCGCUGCCUUGGGACUAGGGAAAACGAGUCAUCAUAUAGUGGUAUGAAAGAUGUGACCUGGCAUCAAGGAAGAAGGUGUAACCUGUUUCAUCACACCUCAGAGAACAUGUUUCUACUGCUCCAGAGUCCAGCGGCAGUGUGCUUUACACCACUUGAGUCGAUGAUUGGCAUUGCCUAAAGCGAUGUUACGCUUGUGUACAGCUUCUCGGCAAAUGGAAACCCAUUUCAUGAAGGUCCCGAUGCACAGUAUGUGUGCUGAUGUUGCUUCCCGAGGCAGUUUGUGACUCUGUAGCGAGUGAUGAAACAGAGGAUAGGUGAUGUUUGCACUAAGAGCUUCAGCACUUUGUGACCUUCCUCUGUAAGUUUGCGUGGUCUACCGCUUUGUGGCUGAGCUGUUGUUGCUGCUAAACGACCGGGGCAGAUCUAGCAGAGCAGAUCUGCAGAGCAGUUUCACAAAUUGACUUAGGGCCAAGGUGGCUUCCUAUGACGUUGCCACGUUUCAAGUCUCUGAGCUCUUCAGUAUAACCCGUUCUACUGCCAGUGUUUGUCUAUGAAGACUGGAUGGCUAUUUGCUUGAUUUCAUACAUCUGUCAGCAAUGAGUGUUGCUGAAACACCUAAACUCAAUAAUUAAGAGGGGUGUCCUCAUACUUUUGUAUAUGUCUUCAGUAAAAAAAAACACUGUAGGCCCUGGCAGUGUUCAUAUUUAAACAGUCAGGUCACAAUUAGUUUUUUAAUCAAGUUGUUUGUGCUAUCUGGUCGAAAAUUGAAGUGUUCUUACUUUUGCAAGGUGAUGAGACCCAACAAGACAGUUGGAAGACAGUAUGUGGUAGGUUAUCCCAGAGUUCUUAGCUGUUUUGUUGAUUUUUUUUUAUUAGCCCUUCUUUUUCUUCAGAUAUUGCUUCCACAUAAACAUAUUCACUUAUAAUAUUCACCUUGUAGGCUAAGUUUGGAUGCAUUUGACAUGCUUUCUUAUUCCAUUAUAGUCUUGUC